CCCGAUUUAUGCGCAGGCGCAGAAGAAAGGGGGACAAUUAAACAGCCAAAGCGCGCCCUUCCUCCUCACUUUUUCGGGCCUUCUUCCAUCGCGCAGGCGCAGAGAGUGAGCCAAGAUGGCGGCGCCCGUGGAUUUGGAGUUAAAGAAGGCCUUCACAGAGCUUCAAGCUAAAGUUAUUGACACUCAACAGAAGGUGAAGCUUGCAGAUAUACAGAUUGAACAGCUAAACAGAACGAAAAAGCAUGCACAUCUUACAGAUACAGAGAUUAUGACUUUGGUAGACGAGACUAACAUGUAUGAAGGUGUAGGAAGAAUGUUUAUUCUUCAGUCCAAGGAGGUAAUUCACAACCAGCUGUUAGAGAAACAGAAAAUAGCUGAAGAAAAAAUUAAAGAAUUGGAACAGAAAAAAUCCUACCUGGAGCGGAGCGUGAAGGAAGCCGAGGACAACAUCCGGGAGAUGCUGAUGGCACGAAGGGCACAGUAGGAAGCCUCGGGGAAGCUUUUCCUCCUGACUCCUCCCAUUCCUGGCAAGGGUGAGCGGCCUGUGUGGGGCCGCGGCCUUGCUUCUGGCCUAUGGACGUUUUCUCUGGAUCAUCUGGUAACCCUAUAUGUUCUCCAUCACCAUGAGCCCCUUUCAGAUCCUAACCCUGUAUUUUUUAUUCUGGAUCUGCCUGCCACCUGUGCCCAGGACAAUCCUCUCCCCUGGGGGUGUCUUGAACUCCCAGGAGAGGGAAGGUGGGAGCCAGGACCGAUUAGGGGAACUCUGCCCAACCCCCUAUGAGCUAUGCUGCUCUGACCAAUAAAAGGCGUCUGUGCCA